AUGGCUCGGUCAAUAAUCGCAUUGUUCUGCGCAUUGCUUUCGGUGGUCACAGCAACAGGCGAAGUGCCAGAACGGCCGAUAGCAGACGUCCAUGAUUUAUUAUUCCCUCCAGACUUCAAAGCAAAUCCGAUAACACCAGAGUCGUUGGUCUGGCAGAAGCCAUGGUUAUCGCAAGAAGAUACUAACGGGAAGUCCUUACUCGGCACACUUGAUGCGCCAAAGCUACAUUCUUAUGUCGGCUCGAAGGAGUUUGGAUCUGGCAAGGCGGGCGUUCGUGGAUCAUCAAAACUUGCUCAACCUCCUUGGGGGUCAAAGGCUGCUAAUGGUGCGGUCGACCCGAAUGAUGUUCCGGUGACCAACCAGACGAGAUCAUAUUAUCUGAUCGCAGAACGUGGUGUAAAGGCUCCAGACGGCGUGUCUCGCAAUGUCAUGCUACUCAAUGGCUCCUACCCUGGUCCAACGAUAGAGGCGAAUUGGGGUGACACGAUAGAGGUGACCAUAGAGAACCGGAUCACGGGCCCUGAAGAGGGAAUCUCUCUACACUGGCACGGUAUCCUCCACAAGGGAGCACCUUGGGAAGAUGGAGUACCGGGCGUCAGCCAGUAUCCCGUUGCUCCCGGCGAGACCUUUACCUAUAGCUUCACUGCGGAUCUUUACGGCACAUCCUGGUACCACAGCCACUACAGUGCUCAAUACGCCGAUGGCCUGUACGGCGCCAUGAUCAUUCACGGACCAAAUCACGUCGAGUACGACGAAGACCUGGGCCCAGUUCUACUCUCCGACACCUACUUCCGCGACUACUGGGACCUUCUGGAAGACAUACUCGGCACCAACCUCACCAAACUCAGCUCCGCCCUCUUCUCCGACAACAAUCUCAUUCAAGGCAAAGGCACCUACGAUUGCAGCCUGACUACCCUCCCCUGCGCGCGUAACGGCGGCUAUGCCAAAUUCCACUUCGAAAGCGGCAAGACCUACCGAAUGCGCCUCAUCAACUCCGGCGCCGACACAAUGCAGCACUUCUCCAUCGACGACCACACCAUGACCGUCAUCGCCAACGACUUCGUUCCCGUCGUCCCUUACGAGACCAACACCGUCGCCCUGGGCAUCGGCCAACGCACCGACAUUCUUGUGACCGCCAACUCCUCCCUCCCCGCAGUCUGGAUGCGCAGCACCGUCAGCGCAUGCUCGCUCGCCCACCAACCGAACGGCCUUGCCGUGAUCUACUACGACGACACCGACACCACCUCCGAGCCCGCAUCCACCGCUUGGCCGCCCCGCGCUGACCCUUGCGCCAACGACGCACUCGACCUCACCGUCCCCUUGUUCCCCAUGCCCGCACCUUUGACUCCAGACAGGACAAUCACAAUCGACGUCAACACCACCGUCAACGCCACGGGCAACCUCGUCUGGACGAUGAACGAAUCCACCUUCCGCGUCAACUUCAACGACCCAGUAAUGUACCGCGCCAUCGCCAACGAUCCAAACUACACUUACCCGGACAGUUGGAACAUCUACCCCAUCGGCACCUCCUCCUCCUCACAGCCUGAAACCGUCCGGAUAAUAGUCAACAACUACUCCCCCCACGGCCACCCAAUGCACAUGCACGGCCACAACUACUUCGUUCUCUCCGAAGGCGCUGGCCUCUGGGAUGAAAACAGUAUAACAAGGCCGAGCAAUCCGCAAAGGAGGGACACGCAGAUGUUGCUGCCCGCGGAUAAAGACACGAAAGUGCCGAGUCAUAUGGUGUUGCAGAUCCAGGCGGAUAAUGCCGGGGUGUGGCCGUUUCAUUGCCAUAUUGCGUGGCAUGUCAGUGGGGGGUUGUAUGUUAAUUUGUUGGAGAAUCAGGGGGAGUUGGUGAAGAUGGGGAUGCCAAAGCAUAUGACGGCGCUGCAGGGGCCGUGGGAUGCGUUUACGGGGGAGGGGCCGAUUAAUGUUAUUGAUUCGGGGCUCUGA